AGCGUAACUUCUAUCUACCCUGUACAGUAGGAGUUUGAGUGUUACCCUUUAGUAUUGUGCGAUCGGUAGAAAUUCGUACGUUGUUCUUGUAAGUUGGAAACGAAACACUCCAACAUGGGUAAAAAAAAUUCCAAGCUAAAGCAAGACACAAUCGACAGACUCACCACCGCCACAUACUUUACAGAAAAGGAAAUAAGGCAAUGGCAUAAAGGAUUUUUGAAGGACUGUCCCAACGGUCUUCUAACAGAGCAGGGCUUUAUAAAAAUUUAUAAACAAUUCUUCCCACAAGGAGAUCCUUCCAAAUUUGCCUCUUUAGUGUUUAGAGUUUUCGACGAAAAUAACGACGGUUCUAUCGAGUUCGAGGAAUUUAUUCGAGCACUCUCGGUUACGUCUAGAGGCAAUCUGGACGAAAAAUUACAUUGGGCAUUUAGACUUUAUGAUGUGGACAACGACGGUUUCAUAACAAGAGACGAAAUGUACAAUAUUGUGGACGCCAUUUAUCAAAUGGUGGGCCAGCAGCCGUCCGAGGAUGAAAACACUCCGCAGAAACGAGUGGACAAGAUCUUCGAUCAAAUGGAUAAAAAUCACGACGACCGGCUAACCCUGGAAGAGUUCCGGGAAGGCAGCAAAGCCGACCCGAGAAUUGUCCAGGCUUUAACGCUGGGUCCUGAAUAGCAUAAGGAUGCGGGAAUUUUACCCGACACACUCUGACGCAAGCAGGGGACGUUAUUCGAAACCAACAAUUUCAAAUACGAAUCCGACUUUUACAAAAUUCUCUCGUCUUAUUGUUAUUAAGACGGGGCAGUUUUUGGCUGUUUUUUACAUGUCGAAUUUUGUCCCUCGUGUCAAAACUACGGCUACGACGCUCAAUUAUAAAUAUUAGGGAGUUGAAUAAAACGUCUUUAUUAUAGUUCUGUUUUGUUCAAGUUAGGGUGUAAAAAGACGGUUUUAUUACGUGGCGUUACAAAUUAUACCGACAGACAAUCAUCAGAUUUCUUUGCUGUGCUCUUUUACUUGCAUGACUUUCAACUUCAUAUCAAAACGAUUUUUUUAGUUGACUUAUUUUCCUAACAGAACUUCAGCUCUUGUUUGUGUGCACUUUAUUCAAAGUAAAACAAGUGUCAAAUAAAAAUAAGUAAGCUAAAAAGUAAAUUAAUACAUAUGUCUAUAAACACCAUACUGGAGGAAAUUUUAUACAUAUUUCCAUGUUAGCAAUAUCCUUUUUACGUCCAGGUUUGGGGUUUUAAAAGCGUCACUGUUAAAAAUAUUUGCAUAUAAAGUGAUGUUUUAAACUACUGGAUGUAUUUUCCCUCAACUCCAUAGAAGCAAUAAAAAAAAUAAAUGGUAAUUCACUGCAUAGUAAAAUUAAUACGAUAUAAGCUCAAUAAGUGCAUUUAUUUAUGUCCAGUAAUUUAAAGUUAUCACUGUUCGAAUUACUCUUUACGACACUGCAUGUAUGAUGAACGAUAAAAGUUAUCACAAAUUUUAUUCCAUUUUCUCUCUACCUAAACUAUGAUACUUAUAACAUGUAGUAAUAGAUUAUUAAUGGUAGUUUUAACCUAUACAUGUACUAUAAUCAUUUAUCGACUAUUUUAAACUAAAGACAAAACACUUAAUGCCGAAAAGCAAAUCUUAAAUCUGUAUUUUUAUGAACAAAAAUUUGUUAAAAUAUUUGUGCCUAUUUAUUUUAUAAAGCUUUUGCAACGUUGUAAAUGUUCAAAACGAGUUGUACGUUACUUUUCUGUAUUGUUAUCAAAAAAUCGAAUGGUAAAAAACUGCAAAAAUCGGUAUGACAAUACCCAUCAAUAAUGAUAAGCAAUUUGAAAUAACUGUUAGGAUUUUUUUAAAGACAACUAAGAAAUAGUCGUUGUCGAUACGGUUUAUACAAUUUAAGUAUUCACUAUUCUUCCUUGUAGUUGUACUUUUAUGUAACAAACAUUAAAGUGAUAGUUGGCAGUGUUAGUUGUUAACUAAUUCUAAAAUUUUUUAGCUAUGCCAUGCACACUUGUUGAGUGAUUUUCAGUUACCACAUUGUAGAAGAAAUAAUGUGAUUGCGCGUUGUUAAAUUUUUGAUUAUUUGUAAUAAUUUAAUAGCGCGGCCUAACAGUAUGAUGCAUUUAAAUUGUUGUUAUAAGUUUACGUUUUGACUGUAGCGACGCGCUAUUUUUUUUUGUUAACAACCUUCUGUGAUAAUUACAAUCAUUGUAUCGCAAUAAUGAAAAUGCUGUGUCUUGUAUUGCCGUAGGCUGUUCUUGUUGUUUUAGAUAAUUCGUAACAUGAUUGUUUUUUGACACUGUUUGUUGUUGUAAAUUAUAUGAAGCAAAUACAUGACAACUGUGUUUUGUAAUAUUAAAACUAAGUGUACAAAUAUGUGGCAUAAAUUACAAUAAUAAAAUCAUUAAUAACGAGAA